AGUAGAAAUUAAAGAGAUUUAUUUUUAUCUUAUGGCACAUAUUUACAUUGUACUCUCUUUAGGUUGAUGUUGUUGAUUUCAACGGCAGCUUUUUGGCUCGUAUUAGAGAUCUUGCUGGUGCAAAUCCAAUCAUAUUAGUUGUGACUAAGGUGGAUCUUCUUCCAAAAGAGACAGAUUUUAAUUGUGUUGGUGAUUGGGUCGUUGAGGCUACAGCAAAAAAGAAGCUGAAUGUUUUGAGUGUUCAUUUAACAAGUUCAAAGUCAUUAGUUGGCAUUAGUGGAGUGCUGUCUGAAAUACAAAAGCAGAAGAAGGGAAGGGACGUUUACAUUCUGGGUUCAGCCAAUGUUGGAAAAUCUGCAUUCAUUAACGCCCUGUUAAAGACAAUGUCAAAUAAGGACCCAGUGGCUGCUGCUGCAAUAAGAUAUAAACCUAUUCAGUCUGCUGUUCCUGGAACUACUUUGGGUCCAAUACAGAUUGAUGCUUUCUUAGGUGCUGGUAAAAUGUAUGAUACACCUGGAGUCCAUCUCCAUCAUAGACAAGCUGCAGUGGUUCAUUCAGAAGAUCUACCUGCUCUUGCUCCUCAGAGUCGGCUUCGUGCCCGAGUAUUCCCAAACUCUCAGAUGGAUGUAGACAAACAAAUGGCAGAUCGAGUGAGAUCAAGCGGGUUGACGGGAUUCACCAUUUUCUGGGGAGGUCUUGUGCGAAUUGAUGUUCAGAAGGCUCUUCGUGAGACGCGUUUGAUGUUUUAUGGACCCAAUGCCGUGCAAGUUCACAUUGUUCCUACUGAAGAAGCGGACGAGUUUUACAAUAGGGAAGUGUGCGUUCUAUUGACCCCCCCUACAGGAAAAGAAAAGGCAGAAGCCUGGACGGGACUUGAAACAAAGCGUCACAUAAACUUGAAGUACACCAAUAUAGAAAGGCCUGCAUGUGAUGUAGCUGUAUCAGGUCUAGGAUGGAUUUCUGUUGAACCUGUUGACAUUACGUUGAAAUCAUCGGAUCAUAGCGUAGAAGAAGGUUUUGGGGAGUUAGAUUUUGUUGUGCAUGUUCCUAAGCCAGUUGAGAUAUUUGUUCGGUCACCAAUGCCCGUAGGGAAAGCUGGCGCCAAAUGGUACGAGUAUAGGGAGUUGACUGAAGCUGAAUGUGAAAUCAGGCCAAAAUGGUUUUUCUAAUGAGGUCUUCAUUAAGAUUGCCCGGCGCCGAAGUGUGUUUCUUUGUUGUUGUUUUUGUUUUUGUUUUUUUUAUUUAUCAAAUUACUCUCUGCGUUUGCUCUCCUUUUGCGGGUCUUGUGUCGUUGCACGAACGGGCUCCCUAGCGCCAGCUUGGGCGCAAAACAUGGACCGGAGCACGAGAAUUGGAAUGUAAUGCCUAAAGUUUGAAUUUUACCAUUUGAUUGACUGGUUGCAAUGUGAGAAAAAAGAUCAAAGAUCAAACAACAAUAAAAAAUAGUGCUUGUAUAAAGAGUAUAUAAGGAG